UGUUAAAGAAAAAAAAAAGACCCAAAGAGAAAUUAACACGUCAUCAUUUUUAGAGAGAGAAAGAAUAGAGUUCCCUUCCCUCUACCAUUUCUAGAGAGAAACAACAGCAACAUUUGAAAGGAAGGAAGAAAAAAGAAAAAAGAAAAAAGAAAAAACAAAUAAAAUACAAAAAGAGAGAGAUUUUUGAUUAAUAGAUAGAUUGGUAUUUCUUCACUUCUUCUUUGAUGUGUUAAAGGCGUCGAGAUCGUCUCCGUCCCGUUUCUAUUUUUCUCUUUCCUCCACCGGCUUGUCGUCGUCGUCAAUUUUUGGUUCUUGAGAGAGACUGGAGAGAGAGAGAGCGGGGGAGAAUAUAAAACGCGAAAACCUAAUCACAACUUUCUCUCUUUUCCAAUUUUUAUUUCCCAGAAAACAUCUGGACUUUACCUUGGAUUGCGUAAAGAAGCCAUCUGACCUAGGGUUUCAUUGCUUGUAUGUUGUUAUUUUGGAAUUCAGGAGUAAUCGUUCAAAAUGUUGAUUAGGGACGCUAAUUUGUUGGAAUUCUAGCUCCGAUCUUGAAAUUAGGGUUAGAUUGAAGGUUUUAAAAAAUGGAUGUGGACUCGUCUAUGGUGCCCGAUACCGAUCAUGAUUCUGCGGCCCAAACCGCGUCGCCGCCUGCGGCAAUGGAUAGAGAGCAGUUAAGGGAUCAGCCGCAGCCAGCGGGAUCUCCCACUUCUGCUUCUGCUGCGGUUCCGCCACCAGUGCAGCAGCCGGUACAGGCACAGACGCAGGCACAGCAGCAGAGCCCUGUGGUUGGGCCGAGGCACGCACCUACUUAUUCUGUGGUUAAUGCGAUUAUAGAGAAGAAGGAAGAUGGGCCAGGUCCCAGGUGCGGGCACACCCUGACUGCAGUUGCUGCUGUUGGCGAAGAGGGAACACCUGGGUACAUUGGGCCGAGGUUGAUUUUAUUUGGUGGUGCCACGGCUCUUGAGGGCAAUUCUGCUGCGUCAGGGGCCCCUUCUUCGGCUGGGAAUGCAGGAAUCCGACUAGCGGGUGCCACUGCUGAUGUUCACUGUUAUGACGUGUUAACAAAUAAAUGGUCUAGGAUUACUCCUUUUGGAGAACCACCCACUCCAAGGGCUGCUCAUGUGGCUACUGCUGUGGGAACCAUGGUUGUUAUUCAGGUUAGCACACUGCAAAUUAUCCUUUGUGUUUAUAUAGUUUGCUCUAUGUUGGUUCUGUUAUUUCUCCUUUGUUAUAUUGACCAAGUUAUGACUAGAAUCUUGCACAUCCCAACACAGGGUGGAAUCGGUCCAGCUGGCCUGUCCGCUGAGGAUCUUCAUGUUCUUGACCUCACACAACAACGGCCACGAUGGCAUAGAGUUGUUGUUCAAGGUCCUGGACCAGGGCCACGAUAUGGUCAUGUAAUGGCUUUGGUGGGCCAACGGUAUCUCAUGGCAAUUGGAGGGAAUGAUGGGAAGCGUCCUUUGUCAGAUGUAUGGGCCCUUGACACAGCUGCCAAGCCUUAUGAGUGGCGUAAAUUGGAACCUGAAGGGGAAGGUCCACCACCAUGCAUGUAUGCCACUGCAAGUGCUCGCUCAGAUGGUCUUCUUCUGCUUUGUGGGGGCAGAGAUGCAAACAGUGUGCCACUGGCAAGUGCAUAUGGACUAGCCAAACAUAGGGAUGGUCGCUGGGAAUGGGCAAUUGCUCCUGGUGUCUCUCCAUCUCCAAGAUAUCAACAUGCAGCAGUUUUUGUUAAUGCGAGACUCCAUGUGUCUGGAGGUGCACUUGGAGGCGGUCGGAUGGUAGAAGAUUCAUCCAGUGUUGCAGUGUUGGAUACUGCAGCAGGAGUUUGGUGUGAUACAAAAUCUGUUGUUACUAGCCCAAGGACUGGAAGGUACAGUGCUGAUGCUGCUGGUGGUGAUGCUGCAGUUGAGUUGACCAGGCGCUGCAGGCAUGCAGCGGCUGCAGUUGGUGACUUGAUAUUUAUUUAUGGUGGUUUACGUGGUGGGGUGUUGCUUGAUGACUUGCUUGUUGCUGAGGAUUUAGCUGCUGCUGAAACAACAACUGCAGCUUCUCAUGCUGCAGCUGCAGCUGCUGCAGCUAACAUACAUGCAGGGAGGAUACCUGGAAGGUAUGGAUUUGUUGAUGAAAGAACCAGGCAAACAAUGUCUGAAGCAGUACCUGAUGGUGCUGUUGUACUGGGUAAUCCAGUUGCUCCUCCUAUAAAUGGUGACAUGUACACUGAUAUAAGCACUGAAAAUGCCAUGCUCCCAGGACCUAGGAGAACGAGUAAGGGUGUGGAGUAUCUGGUUGAAGCAUCGGCCGCAGAAGCUGAGGCUAUCAGUGCCACUUUGGCUGCUGCCAAGGCACGCCAGGUUAAUGGAGAAGUUGAAUUGCCUGACAGGGAUCGUGGUGCUGAGGCAACCCCAAGUGGAAAACAGAUUUCUACAUUGAUUAAGCCUGAUUCUUCUGGAUCAAAUAAUAUUGUUCCUCCUGGAGUUCGACUGCAUCACAGAGCUGUUGUUGUAGCUGCAGAAACUGGUGGAGCUUUAGGCGGGAUGGUCAGGCAACUUUCUAUUGAUCAGUUUGAAAAUGAAGGCAGACGAGUCAGUUAUGGGACGCCAGAGAGUGCAACUGCAGCUAGGAAACUACUGGAUCGACAGAUGUCCAUCAAUAGUGUGCCCAAAAAGGUCAUAGCACAUCUUUUAAAGCCACGUGGUUGGAAGCCUCCUGUUCGUAGGCAAUUUUUCUUGGAUUGCAAUGAGAUAGCAGACCUUUGUGAUAGUGUUGAAAGAAUAUUUUCAAGUGAACCAAGUGUGUUACAACUGAGGGCUCCUAUCAAGAUUUUUGGUGAUUUGCAUGGGCAGUUUGGGGAUCUAAUGCGUCUUUUUGAUGAAUAUGGUGCACCUUCAACAGCUGGUGAUAUUGCAUAUAUCGAUUAUCUCUUCUUAGGAGAUUAUGUUGAUCGAGGACAGCACAGCUUGGAGACUAUUACGCUUCUGCUUGCUUUGAAGGUUGAGUAUCCCCAUAAUGUUCAUUUAAUUCGUGGGAACCAUGAAGCUGCAGAUAUCAAUGCCCUUUUUGGCUUUCGGAUUGAGUGCAUUGAGCGCAUGGGGGAAAGAGAUGGAAUUUGGGUUUGGCAUCGGAUAAAUCGGUUGUUCAAUUGGCUUCCUUUGGCAGCACUAAUUGAAAAGAAAAUUAUUUGUAUGCAUGGUGGUAUUGGCCGCUCAAUAAAUCACGUGGAACAGAUUGAGAGUCUUCAGCGUCCGAUCAGCAUGGAAGCAGGCUCAAUCGUGCUUAUGGAUCUCUUAUGGUCUGAUCCAACAGAAAAUGACAGUGUGGAAGGAUUACGACCAAAUGCUAGAGGCCCAGGGCUGGUGACUUUUGGGCCGGAUAGAGUAAUGGAAUUCUGCAACAACAAUGAUCUGCAGUUAAUUGUACGUGCCCAUGAAUGUGUGAUGGAUGGCUUUGAACGGUUUGCCCAGGGACAUCUAAUCACACUUUUCUCAGCCACCAAUUACUGUGGUACUGCCAAUAAUGCUGGGGCAAUUUUAGUUUUGGGAAGAGAUCUUGUGGUGGUUCCAAAACUAAUUCAUCCCUUACCACCUGCGAUCUCCUCGCCUGAAACUUCACCUGAACGCCACAUUGAAGAUACAUGGAUGCAGGAAUUGAAUGCUAACCGACCUCCUACACCAACAAGAGGUCGUCCUCAAGUAGCAAAUGAUCGGGGAUCUCUUGCAUGGAUAUAGUGGAUGCUUAUCAUUAUUUCCCGAGUACUCAUUCUGGGUUCAUGUUACCACCUUGGGUUCUGGUGUCUGUAUAGAGCAUGAUGCCAUAUCCGGGAACUCCGAACUUGUAAUCGUGUUCCUGAUAAAAAGUUUGAGGGCUUUUUCAGUUUUUCAAAUCCUAAGCACAGUAGGUAGGGCAGGUGACGAAGAUACAAGUUCGAGAACCAGGUUGUAGGCGGCAGUUAGGUUGAUAUUGUGCUCAAAGAUAGUGCAGGAGCACCCGCCUCUGUAAAUUGAGCCACGAGCGGGUAGAAGUCAAGUUGUUUAUUUCAAUGGGUUGGUAGUGCUGGGUAUUUUUCACUUUAGUUUAAUAUUUUUUUCUUUUUACCAUUCCUCACUUUAGUUGAUAUUAAUUUUUUUACUCUUUUUAAAGGGGGCGUGAGGUUAUUGUAUGUGAUGGUGAGAUAUAUAAUAUUUCAAAGGUUUGUGAGCGUCCAUGUAUCAUAGAGGUGUUGUCCUGUGUAAUUCUCAUUUCUGCCUUUUUUGUACGAUGUAAUUUGUGUGAAGAUAAGUAACUUUUUGAGCGACAUAAAAGAUUUGGGAAGUUUUGGUCAGAAUAGCGAAAUUUGGGCAUGCUUUGCUUGA